CACAACUCUAGGCCUAGUAGAUUUAAGUAGAUCUAGAUCUCUAGAUCUAGAUCUAGAAAAAUCGAGGUUUAUUUUUGGACAAAGCAGUUUGGUUACUGAGCAACAUUCAGAAUGGAAAAUGAUGAAGAUAACUUUUCAAUAAUUAGUGGAACAACAAAUGGAUCAUCUCCAUUGCUUGUCUCAUCCAUUUCAGGGAAUUUGUUCAAGAAAUUCCUUUCUCAUAACAGAAAUAAUUUGAACACAGGCAUUACAAGUGGGAUAGAUGACAGUAAUAGAACAUUGUCUCCCGUGAUCUCUAUACAGAGUACAGAACACUUCAAAUAUCAGCGUGAUGAAAUGGCAUUCUCGCCUACUCAAGAAACGAGUGUCACAAAACUUGACCACGGUGAGCAUCCAGUUCAAAGUCCAGAUUUGGCAGACUCAAAUGAUUUAUUUGUUUCAACCACAAAUCCUGGUUUAGAAAUGGACGGAAGUGAAAACAAAUCAGUGAUUGCUGAUAGGACUGGUAUAUCUAACAACACAACUGUAAGCUCAACACUACAUGAUCUAGAAAAAGGUGGGAGUGAAGAUUCAAAAAUGUUCGACACAAUGGAUAACCCAAACCACAAAACGAGUCUCACAUCGGAUGAAGAUAACCAGAGUGUUGCAUCAAUUAGCACUAUCCCGCCCACCCCGCCUGAUUUAAAGUCACAUUUGACUUCACUUAUACAUUCACAAAAGAAAAAAAGAACACCUUCUGUUAAUGCCAUCUGUGUUGAUGUUGCUGUGAGUAAACAAACUGACCAAGAACAUCUUUCUUCAGAAGGAAGUGUCAAAUCUUGCAACUUACUACAAACUACACUUACAAAAAUAUCACCUUGUACAACAAAUGAAGACAAGAAAACAAAUGUUGAGUUGCCAUUAACUACUCAAAUUGAAUCUUACCUGACCGAAAACACACUUCAAGGGAGGCAAUGCAUUGAACAAGAGUUAACUAAACAAGUUAUCUCCCUGAACAGUAAAUUGUUAUUGAAUAAUAAAGAAUUUGAGGAAGUUAACACAUCUAGUUAUUCACACAACAAAACAGAAAAAAAGGAAAUCAAAACAACCUGUACUAAACAACCUGAGGCACUGAUGGAUGUUAAUGAAAAAAUUACACUUAAAAAGACAAGCAGUGAUUUGACUAACAAUCCACUUAAAAGCAACUAUACAGCUGAUAGAGAUGUUAUGACACAGGCUUCUCAAACCCCUCUUUUCUGUGAAAGUCAAGAAAGUGAAAAAUCUGCCCACAGUUUAAGUCUACAGGUCCACAAUAAAGAAAUAGAAUCAAUAAAACGUCUGUUAGCUCUAUGUGAUAGACUUAUUGCUAAACUAGAUGUUUCAAAACCGGUUGAUGUUUCUGCCCAGCUGUCGAAGUUUGAAACAAUAACACAGAAAUUAAACGCAGGUUUAGAGGAAGAAAUGAAAAAAGUCUUUGCCCUGAAAAAAUCCAAAAGAAAAUCUGGCCAGUUUGAAACAGUCUCUAAACUGAAAUGCAGACAGGAAAUGCUUGAAGAGAAACGCUCACUCCUACAGAUGGUGUUUCAUAAACAGGAAAUUAUUAAGAAAAAAAUUUUUGCAGCCCAAGCCAAAUCUUCAUCUAUCAAUGAAGACUCAAGUUCUGGUAUUGAACAAGGAAAUGAACCAAACCAAGCAAAUAUUUGUUCACAGACAAAACACAAAAAUCUGGCCGCUGGGUUAUCUCCUACUUGUGACACACAGACUACACUUUCACAAGAAAUUGAAUGCAACACAGUUACAGGUAUGGCCUUAACUUUAGAACAAGAUAGAAAACUUGGUCAUAAUGUUGCUGAAGUGGUCUCUGAUAAAAAACUUAAUGCAAAUCCUGCAUUACCUGAACUAGAUAAUAACAAAAUAGUGAAGAAAUCUGUUAUGGGAAACUCACAGGAUGUUGGUAGGAAUAGCUCAUCUUGUGAGGGUUCCUAUGAUUUACAGCUAUCUAGAGAUGAAAUGGGAAGCAACUCUUCACCUGUUACAUCUCACAAAGAACAACAUAUCCAGUUACCAUCAGAAAAAGAUGGAGGAAAUGACACUAGUCAUAAAGAUGUCACAUCACUCCCCCUGUCAUCUGACAUUGAGCUUGUGACUGAUGAUAAAGAUAAACACAAAUAUAAAUCACAGUGUUCAGAAGUGAAUCUUGAUCUUCAUACAGGUCCUGGAGUGUUGAUUUCUAACUCUAAAGAAAAAGAGUGUAGACCUGUUACAAAAUAUAUAUCACAAGACCGACCUGUUGAUAAUGCUGUAGGACAACAGAGCACUACAAUUUCAAACAGGACAAAUUUAGAAAAAAAUGUGAAUAAUUCAAAACAAGAUUCUUCAAGCAAACACGAAUUGAUUGAUUUAGAAUGUGAUGCUUCUCACGAUGUCAGUAGUCCCUUAAGGGUAGAGGUCAAGGAACAGGCUAAAGUUCCGAUGAAUGGAGAAAAUUUAAAUACAGAUCCAUGUGAGGAUGUAGACAGUAAAGGUUCUGCCUUAUUAAAACUAGGUGUAGUGUGUGACAAUACAGAUAAAAUACGUAAUCAACCACAUGGGAGUGAGACCCGUAUCUGUACACAGCAUCAAUUAGUGGAGGGCGUAAAUGAGAAGGAAACCAAAGUUCAGAGUCAUCACUCACAAACUCAGAGCGCACCAAAAAGUACAACUCCUGCAGAUGAUAUUCCAAUGUCAUCAUCUACGCUGAUUUCCUCGCAGAGAUCCACACAAGUAGUUCCUAGUGCACUUGUAACUCCUUCGUUUUCUGACUCAACCAAGCCCGGAGUCACAACAAAAUCUCCAUCAUCUGACUCAACCAAGGCUGGAGUCACAACAAAAUCCCCUCCAUUGUCUGACUCAACCAACCCUGGAGUCACAACAAAAUCUCCAUCAUCUGACUCAACCAAGGCUGGAGUCACAACAAAACCUCCAUCAUCUGACUCAACCAAGGCUGGAGUCACAACAAAAUCCCCAUCAUCUGACUCAACCAAGCCUGGAGUCGCAAUAAAAUCCCCAUCAUCUGACUCAACCAACCCUGGAGUCACAAUAAAAUCCCCAUCAUCACCUGACUCACCCCAGCCCAGCGUCACAACCAAGCAACAGACCUCUCCCUGCUCUACAGCCAGCAGCAGCCUAUUCCCUGUGUCGUCCAUGGAGAUAGUCAGACGGCUGGAGAACAGAUUCACCUUGCAGGGUCUUUCAGCUGUGGCAGCUAGGGACCAUAACCUACCUCAGCCAUACACAACAAGGUACACAACUCUUGCUGAACCGAACAAAGGGAAUACAACUCCAUCUAAACAAAACCAGGGGUGCGCAACCCCGCUUGACGUAAACAAAGGAAACAAAGCUCUACCUGAAUCAAACAAGGGGCAAACAACUUGCCCCUUAUCUAACUCAGAAACUCCCACCUCCUGCAGAACUUUACCCCCCAAACCACCAACUGACACCCACAUUUUCUCUAACCCAGCCCACACUGAGUUAAGUGAAAAUAUUAGCCAUCACCAUGGCAACAUGGAUGAGCCCAACAGUAACACCCCCUACUUGAAAACUCCAUACAAGAAGAAAACAGUUUCUGCUGAACCUAUUAAAAAAGCUGAAAAUUCUGGUAAACCCAGAGGCAGGCCCAGGAAAAGAAAAUCUCCCAUAGAAGAUGAGGAGAGUCCACAUGAGAAGAAAGGCAAGCAGGGAGAUAUUGCAAAUUACUUUUCUAAACUCACAUCUCAAGGAGAGAGUUCAAAACCCACUCAGGCAACUGGAAGUAGCAUGGAUGCUUUGGUGUCAAAUCCCUCUGAAACUUUUUUCCCUCAGGUGGAAGACUCAUCACAGUUCAGGAAGUUCAAUGAAGGCAUGGAGACCACUUCAAGUGCAGUGGGACCCCUACCUGGAAGUAUGGGACCCACAACUAGCUGGAUGGGCCCCUCAACGAGCUGGGUGGGCCCCACAGCCAGCAUGAUGGAACAAGACCGAGUGGACGUUCUCACACUGUUGAAAAGUUUAAAGACGGUGGAGCUGAUAGCGGACCAGGAAGUGACCGGGACCUCAGAGGAUUUCCCUACAGACUUCUGGACUGAGAACUUUUCCGAUAUUAAAAUGUCGAAAGCAUUAUGGGAUAGUGUUGACAGCUGGUGA